UUACAACAUACAUAUUCAUCCAAUCCAUAUCAUUCCCCUUCCCACAUUCUCUGAAGACUAAAAAAAUGUCACGCUUCUCACUCCUAUUAGUUCUCUUAGCCGGCCUUUUCGCCGCCGCUCUCUCCGGACCGGCUACCUUGUCCGAUGAGAAUCCGAUCAGACAAGUCGUUUCCGACAGUUUCAAUGAACUGGAGAACGGAAUUCUCCGAGUCGUCGGCCAGACUCGCCAUGCUCUUUCCUUUGCCCGCUUUGCUACCAGGCAUAGAAAGAGGUACGAGUCCGUUGAAGAGAUCAAGCAAAGGUUCCAGAUAUUUUCGGACAAUCUUAAGAUGAUUCGAUCGCAUAACAAGAAAGGACUAUCAUACAAACUCGGUGUCAAUGAGUUUACCGACCUAACAUGGGAUGAGUUUCGAAGAGACAAGUUGGGGGCAGCUCAAAACUGUUCUGCUACCACAAAGGGCAAUCUCAAGCUCACUAACGACGUUCUGCCAGAAACGAAAGACUGGAGGGAAGCUGGUAUUGUCAGCCCUGUCAAGAAUCAGGGCAAGUGCGGAUCUUGCUGGACAUUCAGCACUACUGGCGCACUAGAGGCAGCAUAUGCCCAAGCAUUUGGGAAGGGAAUCUCUCUAUCAGAGCAGCAGCUUGUGGACUGUGCUGGUGCUUUUAAUAACUUUGGAUGCAAUGGUGGGCUGCCAUCACAAGCCUUUGAGUACAUUAAAUUCAAUGGUGGUCUUGACACUGAAGAAGCAUAUCCAUACACCGGCAAGAAUGGCUUAUGUAAAUUCUCACAAGCAAAUGUUGGUGUCAGAGUUAUCGAUUCUGUCAAUAUUACCCUGGGUGCUGAAGAUGAAUUGAAAUACGCGGUUGCAUUGGUUAGGCCUGUUAGUAUUGCUUUUGAGGUGAUAAAAGGUUUCAAACAGUACAAGAGCGGAGUUUACACCAGCACUGAAUGCGGCAACACUCCCAUGGAUGUAAACCAUGCCGUUCUUGCAGUGGGAUAUGGUGUCGAAGAUGGUGUACCUUAUUGGCUCAUCAAGAAUUCAUGGGGAGCAGAUUGGGGUGACAAUGGAUACUUCAAAAUGGAGAUGGGAAAGAACAUGUGUGGUAUUGCAACUUGCGCAUCCUAUCCUGUCGUUGCCUGAGUUUUGGCGUUUGUAAACUUUUUCACCAAAAGGGAAGUAAGCAAGCCAUAAAUCCCAUACGUUGUCCUAGUUGAUGAUGCGGCAACCAUCCAGGCUCCAUUCUCAGAUUUAUGUUCAGAACUCGUGUGGAUAGCCAUACAUAAUACAUAGAGAAGAAUAAGAAAAACUAAAUUAACAUAGAUUAUUAUUAUGCAGGAAAAAGCCGUAUGUCAAUUAUACCUAUAUAAGUCAUGGGAAGAAAGAAGAAUGUCAUAUUGUCAAAAUUAUCAA